UAUGAAUGUGUUUUACUUGCCAGAUCAUGUAUGCCAGAGCUGUGUGGGUGGAGCAUGGUAAAGAAGUGGAGGGAACUGCGCCAGACAACUGGAUUGAUGCUGAAAAAAAAAUAAUUAGAUGGCCAAAAAAAGGGGAAAAGGCAGCUUUCCUCAAUCGGCACUCCCCUCAGGAUGACUGGAUGACGUUCACCUUGGUGAAGCGUAAAAUGACCUCCAUUAGCAUUCGUGAAUGCGAUGAUUAUGACAUGACGAGUCAUGUUGAGGAGGAAGAGGAGGAAGAUGAGGAAGCAGUUCGGAGGAAAAAGACCAAACGCAACUUUGAUGACUAUAUUCUUGAAUCUGACGAUUUGGAGGAGGAAGAAGAGAACAUGACAGAUGCCAUUAUGCCCUUCUUUCCCAUUCCACCAACAAAGGUGACAAAGUCCAUCCAGAUGGAGUCUGCUGGAGUUAACAAAAAGUCCACUGACUCUGGACACUCAAAUUUUGCCAGGUCUCACCAGACUGGUGUUGGGUCCAGGGACAGGUCCACAGGCAACCCUGGACAUUUAAAUGUAAACCGAGCCAGUCAGUUGAGGGGUGCUGGGUCCAGUCAUCAGUCCAGCCACAGUGAUGUAUCCCAGCACAGUGACGGGUCCCAGCACAGCAAACGGUACCGACACAGGAAGCAGUCCAGGCACAGCGACAGGUCCAGGGACAGCAGCCAGAUGGGACAAGGCAAGCAGUCCAGGCACAGCAAUUUGUCCAAGGACAGUAUUCAUUCAAACCCUUAUGCAGUUCACAGAGGCAAGAAC